UAAAGUUGGAAAUAAAGAAGCCUAGAGUAACAAUUCUACCGUAACAAUCCUUCUCCACAGAGGGCCAAGGGCAGGGGGCAACUCCGUGAAAGAUAUGAAACACAAGGUUGCAAACCAGAACAGCUUGCUACUUAAAACCCACCGGCAGCCUGGGAUAGACAUCAAGAUUAUUAAAUAACUUCGAUGAAUUGUCUCAGUAACAUGACGUGAGAAAUUCCUUAUGAGGUCACAGAAACGUUGCUAUUCCUAAAUCACAGCUGAAGAAAUAGAAACUCGGAGAAUGUACCUGAAUUGUCCAAAGCCACCGAGCAAAUAACAGGAAGUCGCGAUUCAUGCAAGAGUGUGCCUGACCUUAAGGUAUGCAUUCUUCCAGUCCAAUCCACAGCUCUUUUUUUGCAGAUAUGUGAGAAACAACGGAGGCGUCCGCUCUACAGUGGUGAACAUCUUGGGUUUCUAGAAAGUGUAAGGAAGCUGUCCAAGCCCCCAUGGUACUAUUUUCCCAUCCCUGCCUGUCUCCCACUGCUGUGCUCCAGAAUUCCAUAUUCCAUUGAUUCCAUCCUGGAGGGCUGCAGAACUGCCCCCCCCCCCCCGCAUCCAGGCGUCAAGUACAGGUCUCUUACAGAAUGAGUGAUGUCGUUGCUACUGAGGGGACUGCUGAGGGCAUUUCAACAAAUGAAAUUCAAAGUGUGCAGGUGGGACAAGCAGACGCACCUGAUUUAGCUCAACGUCUACACAGCAAGCUGCGUGAUUUCCUUAAAAAGAAUCUGCAAUCCCUGGGUGUAGCUCAGAUAAUGAUUGGCCUGAAAUGUUUCUUAUUUGGGAUCAUUGAGAUUUUUCUUUACUGGCACUCUGACUUAAGGAAUCUUUUAUUCUGCUUUUAUAUUGGUUACCCGUUCUGGGCUGCAGCAUCUUUCAUCAUGUCUGGAUCUUUGACCAUCUCAUGUACAAGAAAACAAACAGAAUUUCUGAUCGAAGUCAGUAUUGGAGCUAACAUUAUCAGCACACUACUUUCAAGCACUGGGAUAAUUCUUCUCUCCGUGAAUUUAGUUGACAUAGUCUUACUUGAAUGCUGGGAGUUACCGGCGUGUUCGUUGGUUAAAUCUUUUAUAACUAAUAUUGUGAUCCUUCAAAUGAUACUGACUUGUGUGCAGAUUUUUAUUUCGUUCUCACUCUGUGGGCUCACUUAUACCAUGGAUGGCAAGGAGAUCAGCUGGGCUUCUGCACUAAGUUGCUUGAUCAGAUCACAUUCUGAAGAUCCUUAUCAAGACUUACUGACUCAACCUGAAACUUACGAAGAUUUAGUGCUUCAAGACAUAGACCAGGUUCACUCUCAUCCAUGAGACACCAUCGAAACAUUUUUUACCACACCAGGGCAUCUUGGAUCCAUGAUGGCAACCAAAGACAGAUCUGAUAGGAAUCUUCUACAAAUCCCCUGCUCCCCAUGUCUUUUAUUAUGCACUUUCACAUACACAGACACAAUUGGCACGGAUAUGUGCUUAAUUUCACAGGUGACCAGCAAAUACUAAUAUUAGCAUUCCGUGGCCUAAUAGACCUCUUUUCAUUGGGACGGUAAUACCAUUUUUGAGCCAAUUUCAGUUCUUAGGCCUCAGAGAGGAAUUUGUUGUUACCCACUUACUCCUUCCUAGAAACUGUACUUCCCUCUGGGUUGACAGUUUAUUCAAAUGAAAAAUCUUUGUGCAAAUAGUUUGGGUGAGUAGUGGCAUACCAUCUGACACUGGGACCAAUCUAAGUUUCUUUGACUGUUGAAUGUACUAGGUCUCCCUUGCUUGUGUCAAGGUGAACUUGACAAAAUGUAAUGCGAUACAAAAUGCACACUCUAAUGUAUGACACAUAGUAAAAAUCUAAUGCAACCUCA